AAAGGAUACUGGGACCUGUAGUAUAAAGACAGCAUGUGGGGAAGGGAACAACCAGGUUGCUUAGCGACUGCGAUGCGUACCCUCUACAAAAGUGGAGGUUAUGCACACAGACGCCGUUCCGGCUAGAGGAAGUGCAUGAGCCGCACGAAACAACUCCCCCGCCUGUGACCUGUACCCUGUCUGAGAGACUGCAAUAAACAUACCUGCUUGUGAAAUUUCGGAAGACAGCAAACAGUUCACUUCCUUGUGCAGCCAGAGGAGGAGCCUUCUCAUUUCUUUUCACAUCAACCAGCCCCUUCUCAUACACCUCUAACAGACUCCUUCCUGUCCUGUCACAUACAAGGCUCAGUGCAGACUGCUAGCAAGUGAAGCCUGAAAUCCUUUCCAUGGCUACAGAUAGUAAUAGUGCCUAAGGAGCUCUCAGCAGUCAGUGUCAGACUGUCUGUGCUGCUCUUUGAUCCUGACAUGUAUUCACUGAGAAUAUUUCUCUGCCUUCCAUAUGAUGGUCCGUAGCAUCUAAGCAUUUACAAUGAAGAAGCCGAAGAGUUGUUUGUCAUGUCUUCAACGACAGAAAGUCACCUUGCUCCUAAUUGCUGUGUCCUUGCUUUGUAUAGUAAAGCUUUUGAAUUUUGACUUUAUAUUUUCUAGAACUCAAAGCUAUUUUGUGGAGCCAGAUAUUUUCUCCUAUUUUGUUACCAAAAACUUUGUACCAAAUGACCCAUCUAGCAUCAUCAACUGUACGGCCAUAUAUGACUUGGAACCCAUGGAGAUUGGAAAAAGUUUACAAAUUAGGAGAAGACGCAUAUAUGAUCUUGAAGAUUCAAAUGUUGUGACAAUGACAAAUAAUUGUGCAGCCUAUAAAAAUGUACGUCACUACCAGGAAAAGCCUAUUUCGCAGGAAGAGAGAGACUUUCCCAUAGCCUAUUCGUUAGUUGUACAUAAAGAUGCUAUUAACGUGGAACGCCUUCUGCACACCAUAUACAGUCCUGCUAAUGUUUACUGUAUCCAUUAUGACCAAAAAUCUUCUUCCAAAUUCAAGAAAGCCAUGAUGAACCUAGCCGACUGCUUCCCAAAUGUCUUUAUCGCAUCAAAGCUUGAGACAAUAAUUUAUGCCCACAUUUCAAGACUACAAGCUGAUCUGAACUGUUUGUCUGAUUUGCUGAAGUCGCCUGUACAGUGGAAAUAUGCCAUCAAUCUGUGUGGACAGGACAUGCCACUGAAAUCAAAUUAUGAACUUGUUUCAGAGUUGAAAAAGCUUAAUGGAAAGAAUAUGCUGGAGACCUCACGACCGACAGAUAUAAAAAAAAGUCGCUAUACACACCAUCAUGAGGUCAGGUAUGUGGUAAGUCUUGAUUAUGUAAAGAUGCCAGUCAAAACUUCCAUUGAAAAAUCACCACCCCCCCAAGGUAUUGAAAUGUACUCGGGAAGUGCCUAUUUUGUAUUAAGCCGUCCAUUUAUUCAGUUUGUUUUUGAUUCACCUCUAGUUCCAGAAUUUUUAGAAUGGAGUAAAGACACUUUUUCUCCAGAUGAACAUUUUUGGGCAACACUACAUCGGGUGCCAGGAGCACCAGGGGGACUUUCAAGGACAGAUGGAGAAGUUACAGAUCUUGAUAGCAAAACACGGCUAGUGAAAUGGAGCUACCUUGAGGAAACUCACUACCCACCUUGCACUGGAACUCAUGUACGAAGUGUGUGUAUUUAUGGGGCGCCUGAACUACGAUGGCUCCUUAAAUCGGGACAUUGGUUUGGAAAUAAGUUUGACCCAAAAAUAGACCCUAUUUUAAUCAAAUGCUUGAUUGAGAGGAUUGAAGAACAGCAAAAGGAAUGGGUUUACUUGUCAUUAAGAUGACUUUUUGUGAUGUUACUAUUUAUGAAUUUAUGUUUCUAGCUUAAGGAAAUGUGGCUUCUCACAAACUAUUUAUUAAAGAAUGAUGACUCUUCUCAAAAGUAUUAAAGGGAACAUGCCAUCAGUGUCAUGCCUCCCGAACCAUAACCAUGGUUCAGGCAGCAUCAAACUGAUAACAGGUUUCUUUUAAAGAAUUAGGGCUUUAUUCACUUAUGUAUUUUUUUAUAUGGACAUCCACUAAAUUUUAUCUUUCCAAUUUUACAACAGGUCUCACAUAUCAAAAUUGCCUAACAGAAAAACUAGCCUUGUUGCCCUUGUUGCAACCAAUCAUGCAGUAGUUUUCAUUUUUGUAUUGUAGUCUUAAGAACAUCAUAUGUUGUUGUUGUGUGCCUUUUAAACAAUUAUUAUAGAAUUAUAUUAUUAUUAUUAUUAUUAUGGUAGGCACUAGGUGGCCUGGAUUUUCUAGGUAUCUUAGCAAAAUAGCAGUUGAUAAAUAUUCCUGAGGGGUUUUUCUCAUUGGUCGAUCUACUGAUUCUGAUUGGUCAGACCCCUUGCUGCAACUUAACCCUUUAGACUAAAAGGGGUUAUUCAGGUUUUAUUACCUUUUCACUAUUGUGCCUGUGAUGCCUGGGGGGAACCCUUUUUUUGGACUUCUUGGUUCCCCCCCAGUUUAACAUUUCUCAGAGCUCAAGACAACAGCUGAUUACAAGGGGCUUGCCUUCUUCUUGUCUUCCCUGACAUGCCAGCCCCCUGAUGAUGCUGUGUCGACGUUUAAUGCGUCACCCAUGGUCUACAGACUGCUGAGAUCAGAUGACAGCAGGGGAUGCAUUGAAUGUCAGCGUGCCAGCACGUACUGCUGGACUGCACAUGUCAUCAGGUGGCUGGCUUGUCAGGGAGGAUAAGAACAAGCCAAGCCCCCUGUGAUCAGCUGUUGUCUUCAGCCAAACAGGAUCCAGGGAAGGCUUGAAACAACAGUCAUCCAGAUACCGGAGAAAUUCUGAUCCUUGGAUAGGGGACCAUGAAAUAACAAAAAAAGGGGUCAAUUCACCCCACACAUGAAUGGCAAGUAAAGCACUUAGGCAUAACUUGGCAUCACAGACACAAUAGUGAAAAGUAAAAAAAAACGCAGUUUUGAUAAAGAGUCCCAAUAUAUACACUUUCCCCUUGGAAUCCAUAUUGAAAGUAAUGACUUCCAAUGGUAAUUAUAAAGAUAUAUAUGUGUGUGUAUAAAUCAUGCUACAGAUCACUCUCCCUCUAUCCCACACAAAACUGACCACUUGGUGCAGGGUAACGUAAUUACAGCUGAUAAUUGGGAAUCCCAGCAGCAAGACAGCCUGUGAUCAGCUAUAGUAACAAAGAUUCAUAUAGCAAAAGAAUUAUUGUCCAAAAUAGAAGAACCCUUAUAUGUAUAUUUGUAAUAUACAUUGGUUAAAAAAAUUGUAUAUUUUUGUCCCUGCAACUAUUGUCUGUGUGUCUCUGUGAGGAGACCAAAUACAGGAAGUGUAGGUGGACAAGCAGGGCUCUGUGCACUGAGGACAAGCAGGGCUCUGUACACUGAGGACAAUCAGGGCUCUGUACACUGAGGACAAUCAGGGCUCUGUACACUGAGGACAAUCAGGGCUCUGUACACUGAGGACAAGCAGGGAUCUGUACACUGAGGACAAGCAGGGAUCUGUACACUGAGGACAAGCAGGGCUGUAUACACUGAGGACAAGCAGGGCUGUAUACACUGAGGACAAGCAGGGCUGUAUACACUGAGGACAAGCAGGGCUGUAUACACUGAGGACAAGCAGGGCUCUGUAUACACUGAGGACAAGCAGGGCUCUGUACACUGAGGACAGGCAGGGCUCUGUACACUGAGGACAGGCAGGGCUCUGUACACUGAGGACAGGCAGGGCUCUGUACACUGAGGACAGGCAGGGCUCUGUACACUGAGGACAAGCAGGGCUCUGUACACUGAGGACAAGCAGGGAUCUGUGCACUGAGGAAAAGCAGGGUUCUGUACACUGAGGACAAGCAGGGCUCUGUACACUGAGGACAAGCAGGGAUCUGUGCACUGAGGAAAAGCAGGGUUCUGUACACUGAGGACAAGCAGGGAUCUGUACACUGAGGACAAGCAGGGUCUGUUCACUGAGGCUUUGUAACUCGCUCCAGGCUCACACAACAGGAUGAUUGACAAGCCAGGAGCCUGUAGAGAGCCCUGCUCUUCCCGCCAUCACUUCCUGUAUUUGGACUCCUCACAGAGAUACACAGGGAAUAGCUGCAGAGACAGCAUUUUUUCACCCAAAAAUAUACACAUUUUUUAAUUGAUGUAUGUUACAAACAUACACAUAAUAGUAUUAUCUACAUUAUAUGAAACGUUUUUGUUAACGACAGGUACACCUUAACUAAGAUUAAAAAGGGUUACAGACACAUCUUUGUAGGACAACUCCAACUGGACAUAGGGCUUUAUUAUGCUAUAGCUUUUUGAUAUCUGACCUGCACUCUGCAAUGUGAUGGACUAUGUUUGCCAAUUAUUUUCUUCCUCUAGUUGCUUUUACUAUUUUUCUAAUGUUAUUGUCAUUUAAAACAGACAUGUCAGGCAUAUCAAAAGUUGAGAUUGCACUGGAUCUCACUCUUGAGACCCGCUGCGAUUAUGAGUCAAGUUCCUAGCACCAAGCGCUAUUCCCCGGCUGGAAGAUUCAACCUUUUCAUUGCAUAAACUUAUGCAGAGAAAACAUCGGAUUUGAGUGACAGCCAGGGUGUGAGGCAUGCACUACUGCGUACUUACCAAUAGUUACCGUCUGUAACUUGUGAACGCAACAUGACUUAGGAGUAAGAUCCGAUCCGAUCUCAACUUUUAACAUGUCUGAGCAACGUGUCAAUAGUUGUUUUAAAUGACAGCAACACUUCAAUUACUUUUUGCUGAGAUCUAGUCUUUCAAAAGGUAAUUUCAGAUGGAAGCACUAUUCUGAGCACGGGAAGUUGUUCCAUUUGUACUGCACUAAGGAAUGACUUUGGGCUUCAUUACCCCUGACUGCAGUUAUAUGUAUUGGAAUGUAAUGGUAUACAAUCAUCAGGGUGAAGUCCUGGGGGAAAAAAAGUGUGAGAACUCACCCAAGACUUCCACUCAAGGGCUGGUCCUGCAGGAUUUCUGUUAAUGGGAACAGUGUUCCUGCUGUGCAAAAAGUGCAGGAACUUAGUUCCCAAGCAUUCCUGUAGGACUUGAGCCCUGACAAUCAUCCACUUUCCUUUCUCCAACACAAGUAUAUUCACCAAAUGUGUUAACUCCAUCACUGCAAAGGCCAGUAAUUUCACUUCAAUAUUCAAUGCACUGAUGUACAGAUUUUGCUAUUAUGUUUCAAUUUUUUUUUGUGCCAAAGCAAAACUCAGGAUGAUUGUAAAUGGCUAUAGACAUUUGAUCUUUUUGGACACUUGCUUGUGUGGACUGAUGUGCGCUUGAGCUAUAACUACACUCCUUUGGUUUGAGUGACAUAUCUAUGGUUGCUUUCACAUUAUAUAAUUUCUCCAUUUUAAAGACCCGUUAUAAUGUUCCGUUAAGGAAACCCUUAAAACCGUCCAUUAAACGGCCGUUGCAAAAUCCCAUACGGCCAUUACAAAAUCCCAGUCAAGUCUAUGGGAUUUUGUGAUUAGCAGUUAGGACUCAUUAAUUCCGUUAUGAAUAACGGACGUUAUUUUGUAACGGGAGAAAAAACUGUACAUGCCCUAAUUUUCUCCCGUCACAAAAUAACAUACGUUAUUCAUAACGGCAUUAACGGGUCCUAACGGCUAAUCACAAAAUCCUAUAGACUUGACCAUUUAACAGCCGUUUUUAAGGGUUUCCUUAAAGGAACAUUAUAAUGGGUCUUUAAAAUGGAGAAAUUAUAUAGUUUGAUCUAAUCUAGUAACUUGGUGACCAGUCAUAAACUAUAGGGACAGUAUUAGGUAACUCUCAUUGUGUCUGUCUCUGUGAUUGUUCUUUUUUCAGACUUACCAAAACCAGGUUGUAUACUCAAUCCUAUUUUUGUUUUGUUUUGUUUUGUUUUGUUUUUUUAUUAGUAGGCAACACUGAAAGUCACCUUUUGUAUAGGAUAAGUGUCUUAGUACUCUGGGAAAUUUCCAGAAACUGCUUAACUAGAUAAAGACCUUUAAUUAUUAAUUGAGAUGCAAAUUAUGCCAGCCUUUUAUACAAUUAGAUUUUGUCCAAGUGCUUAAAGAUAAAGUUAUUAUUAUUAUUAUUAUUAUUAAUAAUAAUAAUAAUAAUUGUUAGGGGUCACAGCACAUUUCCUUUGGGUGCUAUGUGAAGGAUUUCAUAUCUUCUGUUAUUAUAUAUUUUUCAAAUAUUCAGCUAUUAGUGUAUAACAAUGAGCAUAUAUAAGGCAGAAGUUAAUAAAACAAUGGUGCCAUUUAUGCCUUUGGUGACACUGUAAUGAUGUUAUUCAGCAUUAUUAGUUGAGAUACAAAUGAUGCCAGCCUUUUAUACAAUUAGAUUUUGUCCAAGUGCUUGAAUAUACCUAUUUGUCCAGUGACAAGAAAAGGUGAAAUCCAGAAGUGAUCUUCUGACAUAUUUUAGAUGAUCACAUGUACUUUGACCCCCAUCAAUUUUCCAAAAGGCCCGGUGCUUGAAAAUGUUCAAGAGAGGGAAUUGAGUGGGAGUGGACAGGGUUCUAAUUUAGGGACCUCCUCCAAUGUGCUACCUAAUGUCAUCAGAACUCCCUAACUUCUGUAUCUAAAGGACAAUUGAUAAGCCUUUCCAUUACCAUGUUAUUGCAGCAUUAUAUGAAAAACUAUGAAAAGUCCCCCAAAAAGAUGAGAGAGGCUGGGUAUUUUGGUCAUUAUUUAUAGGAGUGGAACCAAUACAGAAAAAACUAUAAUGGAAAUAUUUGCACCUUAUUCUGUGUUUUGGACCCACUUCUGGUUUGGGAUGAAAAUACUAACCAAAAUACUGACCAAAACUAUUUGUGUAAACCCUGCCUAAAGCUGGACCUAAGCAUGAGAUAGCUGUUGGCCAAAUGCUCAAUGACAGCUGUGUCUCCCACUGCCCCAUAUGCAUGUAUGUUUGGCUUGGCUAAGUGUGCAUAUUUUUAGUAGAAAGAUGGGGCAAGCUUUUGCCAGACACCUCUGGUGGCAGCUUAUGUCUCUAAGAACCAAACGGAUCAGGCAGUUCAAAUCCAAUUGUUCAACAUAAUAUUUUCUGACAUCUGCUAUCAGGGAGUCGGGAGGCCACCAUACACAUUAGAUGAUUUGCUGGCCCUGCCCAAAGGCUGCUUAGCAAAGCAAACACUGUAUGGUAGACGACAAUAUGGCACAAAUUGCUCAUUAAUAGUCACUUGUUGACAAUUGUCUGCAGUGCAAGGUAACUGGUCCAACAUUGAGAACAAGAAAAGCAUUGUAAACAAGGAGACCAAGACUGUUCCUAAGGUCUAGUGACUCUUUUCUCCUGAACGUAUACCGAGGGCCCGGGACAGGCUGCCAACAUAAUUACUUGCUUUUUUUUUUAAAUACAUAUUUAUCAUGUUCUCACAUGAAGCAGGAAAAUGGUAUAAAACUAAUUAUAUAGCAACCAUUGUUUGAAGCACAUGGCUGCCUCAUGGGUGCUAGAACUAUUUUUAUAGAGCCUAUUUGAAUAAGUUAUAAAAGUCUAGUAAAUGGUCACAAGACACUUGCACACAUUGCACUGUGAUAGUGAAAACUUUGCACUUUAGUUGUAUUUUGAGCACAUUAGGGCAGAUUUAUUAAAACUGUCUAAAAGAAAAACUGUCUUAAUUACCUAUAGCAACCAAUUACAGUGCAACUUACCAGAGCAGUUUAUGAAUUAAGCUCUGACUGGUUACUAUGGGCAUUUUUUUUGUUUUAGGCAGCUUUGAUAAAGGAGGCCUAGCUAACAUAGGAAAGUAAAAGUACUGUGGAAAGAAUCCAAGGGGAAGUUUUUACUCAUAACAGGAAUUUACACAUAUCCUCUUUUUGCCUGAAAACGUCAUUGUUAACCUAUCAUCUUAGAUAUGGCCAGAACGCACACCAAAGACAUACAUUUAGAGUGUUUUCUUUAGCAACAAUGGGGCUACUAUAGUGUUUUACAUGUAACGGCGAUUGAGGCCUUUAAG